UACUGUCGUCGGAUAUAAUUUACAAAAGAUUCGCUUCCAAUCGGGAAAGCGGGUGAAUUCUAACUGCAGAACCGCGUAGAAGAAGCCGACUGUUUAUGAAGAACAAAGAAAAACCUUGUGAGUUGAAGGUAGUGAAAGAUGACCCUUCUUUAGAACCCUUUUGUGGAGAUUUGCUGUUAAGGAAUAAGAGAUACAGAAAGUUAAAGAGUGAAAUCGAGAUGAAGGAAGGUGGACUUGAUCAGUUUUCAUAUGGAUAUUCCAAGUUUGGUUUGCAUCGAUGUAAGGGGGGUCUCGAAUUCCGAGAAGUAGGUUUCCAUAUCCGUUGUAGUAUUGGAAUUUGGUUACCUGGCGCAAAAGAUUUGUAUUUAUUUGGAGAUUUUAAUGACUGGAAAGAACCAGGCUAUCCAUUGCAGAGAGACUCCUUUGGUCACUUUUAUGGUUUUAUUCCUGACAACGCUGAUGGAUCUCCUGCUAUUGCCCACGCUUCUCGUAUCAAACUCCGUGUACUUACUUUUGAUGGUCAGUGGCUGAUCCGCAAUCCAGCCNGAUAUCAAUUUGUGUUGCAUAAUAGGGCAACUUUUCUUAUUCAGAAUCCGACGAGCUUUGUUUAUGAUGCGGUAUUUUGGUCACCUCCGGAAGAAUGGCGAUAUUCUUGGAGAUACUCCACUCAUGCAACGGUCCCGAAAUCUUUGAGAAUAUACGAAUGCCAUAUUGGCAUUGCCACAAAUGAGCCAAAAGUUGGCUCCUUUGUUGAAUUUGCCCAGAAACUGAUUCCUAAAAUCAAAGGCUUGGGUUACACUGCCAUUCAAUUGAUGGCAGUUAUGGAACAUUCUUAUUAUGCAUCAUUUGGUUAUCAUGUCACAAAUUUCUUUGCUGUUAGUAGUCGUUAUGGAACUCCAGAAGAUUUGAAGUUUUUAGUGGACGAAGCUCACAACUGGGGACUUUAUGUGCUUAUGGACAUAGUCCACUCACAUGCCUCUUCCAAUUCUAAUGAUGGUCUCAAUCUUCUCGAUGGAACUGAUUAUCAGUACUUUCAUCAUGGAGAAAGAGGAAAUCAUCCGGAAUGGGGUAGUCGUUUGUUUGAUUAUUCCAAAUGGGAAGUUCUUCGGUUUCUGUUAAGCAACGCACGUUGGUUUUUGGAAGAAUAUCAUUUUGAUGGAUUUCGGUUUGAUGGGGUUACUUCUAUGCUUUACAAUCAUCAUGGAAUAGGAGUUUCAUUUUCUGGUGAUUAUAAGGAGUAUUUUGGAUUUCAAGUGGAUAUGGAUGCUUGCGUAUAUUUAAUGUUAAUGAAUGAUAUUUUGCAUCAUCUUUAUCCUGAGAGCUUUCUUUCCAUUGCUGAGGAUGUGUCUGGAAUGCCUACUUUGUGUCGACCAGUAGAAGAAGGCGGUAUAGGUUUUGACUAUCGUUUGGGAAUGGGUAUACCCGAUAUGUGGGUUGAUCUAGUGACCAACUUCCGAGAUGAAGACUGGGAUAUGGGAAGAAUAGUUUAUGGUCUUACAAAUAGAAGAUGGAAUGAAUAUACUGUUGGAUAUGUAGAAAGCCACGAUCAAGCACUUGUUGGAGAUAAGACUUUAGCCUUUCGUCUGAUGGAUGCAGAAAUGUAUAGCAACAUGUCGAUUUUUGUUUCACCAACGGACUGCAUCAUUCGUGGAAUUGCAUUACACAAAAUGAUUCGUCUUAUAACUUAUGCAUUGGGAGGUGAAGCAUAUCUCAAUUUUAUGGGAAAUGAAUUUGGUCAUCCAGAAUGGAUUGACUUUCCUCGUGCAGGAAAUAAUUUUUCAUAUCAAUAUGCUCGAAGACAAUGGAAUUUGGUGGAAGAUGGAACUUUGCGUUAUCAACAUUUGAAUGCCUUUGAUUGUGAAAUGCAUGCCUUGGAAAGUCAGCACGCAUUCUGUAGAUCCAAUUUGCAUCAGUGGAUAACUGUUCAUCAUAAUCAAGACAAAGUCAUUGCUUUUGAAAAAGGAGAUGGAUUACUAUUUGUAUUUAAUUUUCAUCCUGUGAAAUCCUUUUCAGACUAUUCUAUUGGAGUGUUAUGGCCAGGAAAGUAUGUGCUUCAGUUGGAUUCAGAUAGACUGAGUUUGGGAGGGUUUGAUCGUAUUGACCAACAUGUCGAGCAUUUUACUCAUCCUUUGAAACAACAUGGUCGUCCUCAUUCACUGCAACUUUAUUUACCUAACCGUUCGUGUCAAGUGUAUUAUUGUGCAGACUUGGAAUAGAUAGCAUUUGUCAUAAACUUUCGAAGUAUUUGUGUGAGUGUGUGUGUGCUGUGUGUGUGAAUGUCUGUCUGUGAAUGUGUUUGUAAUGAAUGAUAGUUAUUAUUAUUAUAAAUUGCGACGUUGAAAC